AUGAUACUAUCCUUUUCAUUAGGGGGAGGUGCCAGUUUGAUUCCUUUUGUUUUCCUUUUAUUACUUUUUUUUUUGGUUAUUUGGUUAUAUCAGGAUUUGGUUAUUUGGAUUUGGUUAUUUGGUUAUAUCAUUUUUUUUUUGGUUAUUUGGUUAUAUCAUUUUUUUUUUGGUUAUUUGGUUAUAUCAGGAGGAGGCGUCAGUUCGAUUCCUAAAAUUUGGUUAUUUGGUUAUAUCAGGAGGAGGCGUCAGUUCGAUUCCUUUCGUUUUCCCUUUACUACCUUGAAGUAUCGAAAGAAGCCGAUCCAAAACUUCGUUAUUUACAUUUUGAUAUUAUUUUUUGUGGCCCCUUUACUUCACGAAGCUCGUGUUCAAUUUCUGAUCAAAAUUUGUUCGCUAGCUGCCCAAUUUCCUGUGUAUGGAUUGUUUGACCAUGUUGGCCAAUGGCUUGGAAAAGUAACCAGUGAUGAAUUAAAACGUAGUUAUGCUGAACAAAUUGUUUCUGAAUUGGUAGAAGGUUUCAUUUUUGGUCCUGAAAAAUAUAAUUUGUACGAACAUUUACUCCCAAUUGUUAAUUAUUCCUUUGAAUUUUGUGCUAAUUUUAUCGUCUUUUCAAUAAGUAAAGAAACGUUAGGCCCAGUUAUGGCUUUAAUUAUUGGUGAAUGGUUAUGUCACCGUGUUGAUCAAUUUUUGCGUUAUUUAAGUUUUUGUACGCAUUUGAGUCUUCCUUUUUGUGGACAGAAAUUUGAUUUGCUUGUUCGUUAUGAUUGCUCUCCUAUAGCCUCGAAAGAGAACGACGAUACCCAUUAUAGAUUACAUUAUAUUUUAAUAAAAAUAAUAACUGCUUGGAGGUAUGGAUUUACACCUACACAACAACAAAAACGUCCACAACUCGCCACUCCAAAUAAUUCACAACAAACAUUUCAACAGCCUAUGGUUAAUUGUUUGACUGAAAUAUUUCAAAGUAUCGAUUCAUUAUCUAUAAUUGCUCAAUCACGAAUUUUGGAAUUAAUUGUCAACUCUGCCCGAGCGAAUUUUUUCUCUUCAAUGGAACCAUUCCGUAAUAAAAUAUCUUUAUUAAAUUCUAGUGAAUUUUUUACAAAUCAUGGAACUUUGUGGCAUUCACUUGAAGUUUUGGCACGUGCAAGAAAGGGGGAAAAUUGA